CAGUCCAGAAGAAGCUCACGGCAAACAGGUGUUUGUCCUCUCGUCCACCCUUUUGGCCAUCAAGCUGCUGUUUUCAAUGGUGAACCCCCAAGACAUCGGCAGCCUUCGGGGGGAUUUCGAGAAGAUAGUCUCCGAAGCCAAGUUCUGGAGCUACAUGAAGCACAAGGAAGCUCAGGUGCGCUGUGCCUGGUACUCCCUGCUGAGCUCCCUGUGUGCCCUGAAAGUGGAGGUCUUCCUGGAGGCCACCAGGGGGAGGUCAUCCUCUGUCCUGGUGGGCUGCCUGGCGGAGAAGGACGUCGGUGCCGUGGGUGCCGCCUGGGAAGCGGCACUGCAUGUCCUGUGCCACUUUGGGGUGUGUGAGCAGAAGGACUUUGAGCAUUCCAUCCUGCCCCAGCUGUGGUGCUUCCUGCGUGAGGGGGGGAGGGGCAACGCCGGCGCCCUCUACCCCUGCCUCCUCCCCAUGCUCAGCAAGUUCCCCAGGGACCUACUCCAGAGCUCACACUUCCAGCUCAAGUUCCUCGACAUACUCCUCAAGAGCCUGUUCCUGGAGAAUGUGAAAAACUCGCGCAUGGAAUGCGACGCCAUUUUGCAAGCUUUCUUCGAGUGCUUCGUCUACUUCUGCUUCAACCUGAACGCUGAGAGGGAGGUCCUGAUGGAAAAAGUUCUGUUGCAACAGGUUUUGCCAUUGAUAGAAUCUUCCAUCUAUGAUGAGCAAUGUUCUCAUUUCAUCUCUUCUAAGCUGUAUCCGCAACUGGGAACUCUUUUGUGCAAGAUGGCAGGAGUCAGCGAGGGUCCUUGCCACGAAGCAUUUACAAGUGCCUCAACCACCCUUUGGACAGAGUUGUACGCAAUUGCAACAAAAUUUUACACCAGGAAGAAAACAGAUCCCCCUUCUCGCCAGCUCAUUCUCCUUUUCCGAGGGCUUUUUGACCCAGAGUCAAAACCAGAGAAACAAUCUGUGCGUUUCGAAGAAGCCGUCUCUGAGGAUGAAGCAAUUUCCAAAGAAGCGUCAGAGGAUGGUGCAAUGUCAAAGAUUUCAGCCAAAGACCAUGUUUCAAGCGUUGCUUCUGAGAGUGAUGCAAUUUCAAAAGAUUCCUCUGAGGACCAUGUUUCAAAGGUCGCUUCAGAGGACAAUGCUUCAAAAGUUGCCUUAGAGGGUGAAGCAAGUUCAAAAGAUUCCUCUGAGGACAAUGUUUCAAAAGAUUCCUCUGAAGACAAUGUUUCAAAAGUUUCCUCUGAAGACAAUGUUUCAAAAGUUUCCUCUGAGGACAAUGUUUCAAAAGUUGCCUCAGAGGUUGAUGCAAUUUCUAAAGAUGCUGUCGUCCCAAAGACCUCCCCUCUGAUGAAGGCAGGCUCUCCUUCUCGUGGAUGCUUGAUGAAAAUGUUGGCCUUCUUGUAUGAAAAACUGUGCGAGGAUUUCGAUGUCCACCUGUUGAAGACCUUGAAGGAGUUGAUGACGUUGACUCGGAGCACGGAAGUGUUUCGAGAACUUUUGACUCUGGUGAAUAAAUUGGAUGCGUCGGAAUUUCUCCGGGAAGGAUUCUUGAGAUGGUUGACCAAAGCGGGAAAAAGUGUCGACUGUAUCGUGGAUGUCGUUUUCCUGGUCUGCCGUCUUGUUUCUGAAGAUGAGGGGUUGGCUGUUUUGCAUGGCUGCUGUGGAAAAAAAGAUGUCAAGUUUCUGGGAAAGAUUUUAAAUCGAGCCAGGACGUGCUUCGAUAAGGAACCUUUCCGAAUUUGGCUCCAGAAUCUGGAAUGGAUGGACGUCUUGCUGGAUGCCUUGAAAGACAAGCUGUCUUCUUUUCCGAACGGAAAAGUCGACUCGCAUCUGGUCAAAGAACUGCAGAGUAUAUUGAAUUUGUGCCUCACUGAUGCUGUUCUGAGAAAAAUUAUCACUUCAGGGGAGAGAGAUCAGCAGCUCCUGCAUAUCAUCAGAGAAGGAUUCAGAAACUUGCCGGAGAACGACUUCUCGAAGGAUUCGGAUGUCGUGUUUUUUUCUGUCGGUGAAAUCGUGCAGACUCUUCUGCGAAACGUAGAGCUUAGGCAGGCAGGUGGGGUCAGAUAUGAUAUCGUGACACUCCUGUUCUACAUGUACCUGGAUUUGGGGUGGAAGCGCAAACGAUCGGAUUUCAGGAAAGCUGCCUGGGCCGUCUGGGAUGCGGCCAUCUCGAAUCGGAAGCUAGCCGUGGGAGAAAGUUUAAUUCUGCAAAUCGCACGUAAAAUUCACUCUGAACUCGUGCAGCAUCCUUCCAGAGAAGAUUUCUUAACGCACGUGCCAGAGAUCGUACGCAAUCUCUCGUGCUCGCUAGAAAAGGAGAUGGAUCUCGACCUGGAAGACAGAGUCCUGGAAGUGGUGUUGCUUUCGGAAGAGGAAUGGGACGUGGUUCGACGGGGACUGUUUGUCAGCAAUUUGACUUCUCAUGUAGAAAAUAAAAUCUUCCAGCAACUAGUGCGUGAAGGAGAGGCAGUGGUUUCGGAGGAUAGAAUCAAGAGCUUGAUCGCCGUUUCCGAGGUCUGUGCCGAUCUGUUGGCCGGGAAAUGUACGAAAUCGAGGGAGAAUGAGUUGUUUUUUUCCAGGUUCCUCCUGGACCAGGUGUCUCAUGUCCUGUGGUCCAUCAGUUUCUGCACAGGAAACGGUUUCGUGACCAAUGCCGUCCUGGCCGCCUCCAAGUCCGAAGAGCUGUGCAAGUGCUGCGAACACGUCCUGUCCCGCCUGCCGGCCGAUCAGCUGGAGGAUCUGGUGAGACUGCUCUUCGCUCGCGCGACGAAUCGCAGUUGCGGUUGGCCGGCGACCUUGUCCGUGACCUUGGAGCUGCUCGAGCGGCACGGGUUCGCCGUCGGCGGUGCGGUCGGAGAGCUGCUCGGAAUCGAGCACGGGGCGCGGUGGUGCGGUCGAGCUCGGGACUUGAACACGGUGCACGGGAGAAUGGUGGUGCAGCUGCUCUUGCACCACCUGCCCACGGAGACGAAGUUGACCGUGCUGGAGGACACUCAUGCCAAAUUCAAAACGGUGGACCCUGCGUCUGACGAGAGCCACGACCUCCUGGGUGACCUGUGUUGCAUCCUAGAAGAUUCUGAGAUAUCGGACUCUGAUUUGGGAAAGGAUGUGGCCAGGAGCAUAUUUGCCGUGCUUCCGCUCAUGGAUGCCGAAAGCAACUUCCCCCUCUUCGUCUUGCAAUCGACGUCCGUGCUACGGUCGGUGCUCCGUCAAACCGGCGGUUUAGAUGAGGGACGCUGGCGGCUCCUGGAGAGGGUGUUCGCCGACGCGGUGGAGCAGCUGGUGGAAACCCGCCACCUGGCCGAGGGGGACCUGCUGCACCUGUACUGCGUCGCCUGUCUGGGUCUGGUCCUGUUCGAGCACGCGGCUCGAUUCGCCGAGAAGUCCUACGCCCCCUUCCCGAGGGACUACAGGCCCACCCUCGACAGCUCCUUCUACGAGAACUUCGUGCUGAUGUUCCUCCAACUAUCUGGCGAAAAAGUCGGAUAUCCGCCCCUGCCUCGUGCUGUGGACAGGGUCAUGGCCACCCUGCAGCAGGCCCUGCGCAUCGUCCCGGGGGAGCGGAUCUUCCGGUGGGCGGUCGAGGGGCGGCGGUUGGGCCCCCUGGUCGACGCCCUCUCCUCUACCCUCCCCCGCAUCCAGUUCGCCGCCCACUCGCUGACGAUGAAGCUCCUCCCGCUCCUGGCCACGACGGCCGUGAUCGGCGAAGACGAGGAGGGGACGUUCCCCCCGGAGUUGAACCGGCUGCUGGACUUUGUGACCUUCUCCGGCGAACUGGUGACCGGCCUGCUCCGGGAGUUCCGGAUCGGGGACGUCUGCGACUUCGUGCCGCUCACCGACGCGUAUCAGCUGGCGGUCGGCUUCCUCCUCGCCUGGUUGGAGAUAUUCGAGUUCCUGUCGUCCUCGCCGGCCCAGCUGCGGGCCGGCCGCAUCGAGUGCCUGUCCGAGCGGAAGCUCCUCCCGGCCCUCUUCUCCGACGUGUUCCGCCUCCUGCCCGACGACCCGGAGACAUGCGUGGAGGAGGGCGGCUGCCUCUCCUCCCUGUUCCUGGCGGACUCCGCCCCCGGCCGGUUCGAGGGGCCGCCCUCACCCGGGCGGCUGCAUGCUCUGGCCUGCCUGGUGUACGCCACCGCCCUGAGGAAGACCCCGGCGUGCGUCCGGACCUGGUUCAACAACCUGGACAAGCGAUCGGCCGACGUCGUGACCGACUUCACCAGGAGGUACCUGAGCGGCCUCCUGAUCGUCGAGGAGCUGCGGCCGGUCUCCGGGGCGGAGGCCCGCUUCGAGGGCAUGGAGGUGCGCGCCCGCCCGGGCCAGAGGGAGGUGUCCGCCAGCUACCGGGUGGACGACUGCGACAUCGAGCUGUGCGUGCGCCUGCCGCCUGACUUCCCCCUGGCGCCGGUGGCCGCCGAGCGCAGGGGCCACGUGGCCGUGGCGCAGCAGGAGUGGAGGACGUGGCUCAUGCAGCUCACCACCGUGCUCAACUACCAG